AUGGGUGGAGGUAAGGAGAGAGAUGAGGUCUCACUGGGAGACCACUGGGAGGGGACACACUCACUGCUGCUCAGAUCAGAUGCUGUGGAGAGUGUGCACAAGAGCUACAAGAGACCUCUGGCCCGACUGCAAGAAGCAGCAGCAGAUUAUCUUCCAGACCCCAUCAGCCUCUCCUCCACCCCAGGACUCCUGCUGCUGCUGCCCCUGCUGCUCCUGCUCGGCCUCUCCCUGUGGAGCCAGCAGGCUGAGGCCCUGGUCCACUCCAGCUUCAGAAGGCUCAGCGGCCGAGAGAAGAAGGAGAUGCAGAAGGAGAUCUUGUCCAUCUUAGGUCUACCAGGGCGACCAAGACCUCACCCCCGCUGCGACCGCCCCUCCUCCGCGCCGCUAUUCAUGCUCGACCUGUACCACGCCAUGUCUGCUGAUGGGGGAGGAGAAAGGAAUGAAAUUAUUGUGAACGGACCCGGCAUGGAGAGGUUGGUUCAGGUCAGCCACGCCGUCCUGCCGACCCUCAGCACCCACUGGCCACUGGGCACGGUGGUCAGCGAGGCUGACACGGUGAUGAGCUUCGUCAACCUGGUGGAGCAGGAGCGAGACCUCCUGCAGCCUCGUCCGUACUGGAAGGAGUUUCGCUUCGACCUGACGCCCCUUCCUCAGGGGGAGACGGUGACGGCAGCAGAGUUUAGGAUCUAUAAGACCCUGACGAUGGGCCAGAGGGCCAACCGGACCCUGCACAUCUCCGUCUACGAGAUCCAGAGAGACAACAGACACAGAGAGCCGGAGCUGGUGCUGCUGGACAUGCAGUCGGUGCCCGCAGGACAGGAGGGCUGGCUGGCCUUCGACGUCACCACGGCCUCCAACAACUGGCUGCUCCACCCGCGCAGCAACCUGGGCAUACGUCUGUAUGUGGAGACAGAGGAGGACCGCUCCCUGUCUGCCGGCUGGAUCGGGUUGGUGGGCCGCAGGGGCCCCCGCUCCAAGCAGCCCUUCAUGGUGACCUUCUUCAGGGAGAGUCAGGUCCCGUGUCGCCCGCCACGAGCUGUCAAGCCGCAUCCUCGCAGGAAGAAACCCAAAUACGACCUCCCAGUUCCCAGCAUUCAAAAUCGGAGCCCUGUUAACACCGGAGCUCAGCCCUGUAAAAAACAUGAACUCUACGUCAGCUUCAGCGACCUGGGAUGGAAGGACUGGGUCUUGGCCCCCACUGGAUACUCAGCCUACUACUGUGACGGAGAGUGCUUUUACCCUCUGGGCUCCUGCAUGAACGCCACCAACCACGCGCUCAUCCAGCAAGUGGUCCACCUGCUGAAGCCGGACGAGGUUCCUAAAGCGUGCUGCGCCCCCACCAAGCUCAGCCCCAUCUCCGUCCUCUUCUACGACGACAACAACAACGUCAUCCUCAAAAAACACCGCAACAUGGUGGUUAAGACCUGUGGGUGUCUAUGAGAGUGGAAAAGGUUCCACAUGGAAAGUUAAAAUUUGUAUCAAAAUGUCCAUGGUGGAUUAUUUCUUUCCAGACAUGCACUCUUCCAGCAGUAAAUAUUUCUGUAAACAAGUUGGAUUACAAAGCAAAAUAAAUCUAAUUUAACAUAUAUGUAAUACUUUGAGUUCUGAUUUAGUAUCAGUGGCUUGUGUGUUUUCAAUCCAAUCCAUACUUUAGCUUUUUAAAUGUCAUUUAAAAAGCUAAGUUAGUUUGUGUCCAAAUUGUAUGAUUGGCUUUUGCACUCAAUAGCAGAAACCUGUGUUUGACAACCUUUACCCAACUUGGGAAAGCUACAACUUUUUUGGUUUCUUAACAGCAGUCUUCUCAUAGAUGGGUUUGCAUUUCAGAACAUGCUAAUUAUGACUGUAAACAAGACAUUAAAGGACAACAGUACUAUUGUUGCAGCUCUAAUGUCUAUAUAAAGAGAAUAUGUAUAAUUGUUUUUGAAUUAAUAAAAUAAGUUCACAUUUU